AUGGCUUCCAACAAUUUUUCAAUUCCUUCACACCCAAUUUUUUCUGGUGAGAAUUAUCCAAUUUGGACUAUCAAGAUGAGAACAUACUUGCGAGCAUAUGAUCUGUGGCAAGUGGUGGAGGUUGGAGGAGAGGUAAAUCCUUUGACAGAUAAUCCAACUAUGGCGCAAAUUAAGAAUCACAAAGAAGAGGCUGCAAAAAACUUUAAAGCUCUCUCUUGCAUACAAUCAGCACUUUCGAAAGUAAUUUUCGCUAGAGUUAUGGUGAGUGAGCCUACAAAGGAGGCUUGGGAAAAGUUGAAAGAAGAAUUUCACGAAAGUGACAAAAUUAGGCAAAUAAAAGUGAUAAAUCUAAUAAGAGAGUUUGAAAUUCUCAGAAUAAAUGAUUCAGAAACUACUGAAGAAUUCUCCAACAAGUUGAUGAAGGUUGUAAACCAAAUCAGAAUUAUGGGAGAAGAGCUUACAGAUUCAAGAAUCGUGAAAAAGGUUCUUGUCACUACAACAUUUUAG